UAUUAAUGAUUCUCAAAUGUUUUUUAUUAACGAUUUCGCUCAGUCGUAAACAUUAUUCUGGUGUGAAAUAUUUUCUGAACAUUAUUUAAUUUAACAACAAUCUUAUUCCGUAAUAAAUAUGGACAGUGAUUACAGUGAUUUAGACGAUGAUUAUAAUGAUUUUGUUCCUGACGAGAUAAAAGAAAAGGCGAAGAAUAUAGCUUUACAAUCAAUGCCAACAAAAUCUAGACGAAUGUAUGUGGCAACUUAUAAUGCUUUUAAAGCAUGGCGUAAAGAAAAUGUUAAAUCAAAUUCUUUUGCUGAAGAUGUAAUUGUAGUCUACUUUGAUAAUCUUUCUCAAAAAUAUGCCCCUCCCAGUUUAUGGGCUUUUCAUUCGAUGUUGAAAACUACUAUCAAAGCAUUUGAUGAUGUUGAUAUUGGUAAUUACAAAAAAGUAACGUUUUUUUUGAAGAAACAAAUGUGUAAAUACGUUGCUAAAAAAUCUGAAGUUUUUACAAAAGAAAAUAUCGAAAAAUUUCUAAAUGAAGCCCCUGAUAAUAAAUAUCUUGCUACAAAGGUUUGUUUAAUAUUAGGAAUUUCUGGUGCUUUAAGAAGAAGUGAAUUCAUGAACAUGAAACUGGCCCCAAACCUGUAA